CAUGCAUGGCGUGCACCUUCCCUCCAUCUCCACUGCUCCUCAACUGAUGAUAUAUCAUCAACUGAUCUUGAUCAUCUCAUCCUUCCAUUUGGGGCUUUGGGCUCCCAUUCCGUCCACUCCCAUCUUUCGCGUCGUCUGACCAGGGGGAAAAAAAAAGAGAAGAGAAAGAAAAAGAAUCGAUCGGUCUGAGAUGGCGGACACAGCCUUCAGCGUCGUGAGUAACUUGCUUGGCUUCCUGAAGACGGCGAUCACUGACGAGGCGAAGCUUCUAGGCGGCGUGCACGGCGACGUGCAGUUCAUCAAGGACGAGAUGGACAGCAUGAACGGGUUCCUGCUGCACCUGACCAAGACGGAGGGCGAGCACGACGACCAGCUCCGCGCCUGGAUGAAGCAGGUGCUCGAGGUCGCCCACAUCGCCCGGGACUAUAUCGAGCGCUACAAGCGCGACGUACCGCCGCCGCCCAAGGACGACGGCGACAGGCCUUGCUGCUGGGCCUGGCUGCGCGACCAUCUCGACGCCCUCCCGACGGCCCGCAACCGCAAGCAACGCGACCUCGCCAAAAAGUUGCUCGAGCUCAAGGUCCGCGUGAAGGAAGUCGGCGAGAGGCGGCUGCGCUACGACGUCAAGGUCCCCGCCGCGCCGCCUGUGCUCAGGCAGGCGGUUAAGCCGCCUGGCCAGGGCGAAAUGGAGGAAGAGGCAAGCAGGAAGGCAUUUCGAGACGCACUCGAAGAUGACAUCAUCAAGGGGCGCCGAGCAUCAUCAGCAUUAUUGGUGUUGUGGAGAUCAGGGCCACCCGGGUCAGAACCGGCGGUCAGCAAUGCGAUUCCCAAGCUUGCUGACUGCCUCAGAUCUGAAGGUGGCAUGAUCCGUGCUAUUCUGAAGAAAUGCUGCGCGGCCCCGGAUGACGUCGAGUUACUCAAGAUGUUCCUCUGCGCUCUAUGGGCCUACCCUUACCCGACCAGUAAGGAGCUGGGCAAUCUCAAGAACAAAUUGGAUGGAGGGGGACGGGAGCCCAGGGAGGAGAUGAGGAUCUUCUGCUACAGCAUGCUGUCCUCGCAGCAGAAGAGCUGCCUGCAGUAUCUCACUGCAUUCACCAAGGAGAAAGAAAUCAGCAGGACGAGCCUGGUCCGGCGGUGGGCCGCGGAGGGCCUCGUGGCCAAGGACCAUGACAAGACCCCGGAAGAAGUCGGCGAGCGGUGCUUCAACGAGCUCGUGUUCCGAGGUUUCGUCCUCCCUGUCCGCCGGGGCGAUGACGCGACCACCGUCAGGAGCUGCCAGCUGGACGGCUCCAUCAGAGACUUCAUCCUCGGCAUGACCCAGAGCGAGAACUUCCUGGCUGAGCUGCCGUCUCACCUCCAGCGCCAGCUUCAGAUCAGAGAAAUAGUUCUGCAGCCACGGCCGCCGCCGGAGCAGAUCCAAGCCGAUGGUUGGUGUAACAACAUCGUCGGCCGGCGGCGUGCCGCUGCUGCAGGAUUACUCUCCUGCUGCUGUGGCACCAGCGGCGGGGACACAGCAACAUCAGAAUUGUUGAAGGAUCCCAUGGAUGAGCUGGUGCUUUUCCUCAAAACAAAACUCCCUGAAAUGUACCGGCUGAACGUGCUGGACCUAGGAGGCUGCAAAGGCCUCAAGAAGCGCCACCUGGAGAGCAUCUGUCGCAGUCGCACCGUGGGUUUGCUCAAGUAUCUGAGCCUCCGGAACACAGAUGUCUCGCAGCUUCCGGAGGCGCGUCACAUGAAGAAGCUCGAGCACUUGGAGACACUGGACAUCCGGGGAACAGAUGUCCCAGCCGGCGACUUGAAGGACCUCAUCCUGCCCAAGCUGAAGCAUCUGCUCGCCGGCCGUUACUCCUUCACGGCCGGCGGCGCUGACGCCGGCACGUCCAGGACGUUGGCCGAGGUGUCCAUCUCCACCGUGCAGAUGCCUCGCGCAGUCGGGGCCAUGGCGGACGUGGAGACACUGUCCCGAUUCCAGGUCUCCGGCGACGGCGCGGAGCUGGAAGAGGUUGUCAAACUGCUGCGUCUGAGGAAGCUUGGCGUCGUGGUCGUCCGUGGCAACAGCACCACUGCGAAGCAUCUGUGCCAUGUAAUGAGCAGGUUGGGCGAGCACCUGCGCUCCCUGUCAAUCUGGGUGGAAGACGACGGCAGCGGCCGGGCUCUUGACAUCUCCGUACAGGUUCAGGCCACCUCCUUCCAGGCUUCCCGUUUGGCCCUCGAGAACCUGGAUAUCAAGGGGACAAAGAUCAGUGUCCCGUCAUGGAUCCAGGAGGCCAGCCUGCUCGCCAAUAUCACCCUACACGAGGCCACUGAAAUGACUGAGGAAGAUCUGAGGAGGCUCGGCAACGCCCCGGGCCUGCGCUGCCUCAGGCUCCGCCGCAGCUCGUUCGGCUCGCGCGUGCUCCGCUUCAGGAGCGGCCAGUUCAGGGCUCUCAGGUUCCUGGUGCUCGAGGGCGAGGCCAUCACUAGCGUCGCCUUCGUUGACGGCGCAGCUCCUGUCCUCGAGAGGAUCACUGUCUGGGCGUCGGGCAGCUUCAACUACGACGACCUCAUCGCUGGGGUCAUCAGCAGCCAGCUUCCAGGUCUCAAAGCGAUUGAGCUCAAAGGCAACGACUUCAACCAGAAGAAGCUCGACACGUGGCAGAAAGAUCUAAAGAAACAUAAGAACCGUCCCAGCCUCGUCGUUUAGGUACCAGCUUGAUCGAUUGCUAUUACAGGAGAGUGGUCAAUUUAAAAAACGCCCUUGUGGUUUGUGUGUGCGCGCGCUUGUGUGUGAGUACAUGGACAGCAUGUACAUGCUUGUAAUAAAAUCUGCAUGACCUGCGCAGAGGUGCAUGCGAUGCUCGGCGGCUGGCUAGCUAACGUGUGUUCCUAGCAAGCUGCGUCCUCGUGAGUUGUUGUGUCGUGGUUU